UAUAAAAUACAGGUAUGGACCAAGUAGGGGCAGACUCCUGGAAGGUUCAAAAUGGGGUAGAACUUAUACAGUUUCGUACAGGAGUAGGGCAGAUACCGAAGGUUUGACGGCUACGUGUAUGAUAACACUUAAAGUCAAAGUGAUAUUCUGCCCUACUCCGAAGGCGCCUAAAUAUGGUACAGUCAAUUGUUCUGGAACCCAUUAUGGUCAUACCUGUAAUUUUUUCUGUCCUAUCGGACACACCCCAACAGUAACAAGUAUGACAUGUCAAUUGAAUGGUUAUUGGACACAUGGAGGGUCAUCUGAAUGCCAAGUUAACACUUGUCCUCAAACGUUCCCUACAAUAGAACAUGGAUAUUAUUCCUGCAGUAAAUUCACUAUAGGAACGUCAUGUAAUCCAACUUGUGAUCCGGGAUACUCAGUCUUUAGACUUUUUCCUAUAGUCUGUAAACUUGACGGGCAAUGGUCUCUCCCUGUGGAUACAAUAUGUAAAGAUUCCGAGCCACCUAUAAUAUUGAAUUGUCCAUCAAAUAUAACGAUGACUGCUGAAAAAGGAAAAACUUCAGCAAUCGUUACGUGGCACGUACCAUCUGCUUUUGACAAACAGGAUAAUUCUAGCGUUACAGUGAACCAAACUGCUGGUUCUAUUACGCCUGGUUCUCGGAUUGAAGGCGGUGUUGUUCAUAUUCUGAAAUACAACGCUUUCGAUAGUGCUCUAAACCCUUCAGAAGAAUGUUUAUUUUACGUGCAAGUGAAAAUCAUGUCCAUACAUGAACAUAUGUCUUUUAUUUUAGUUACCAAAUGUUCCCGCAUUUCUGCACCAAGUAAUGGUCAUUACAAGUGUGACAAAGGUUUCAUUUAUGGUAGUCAGUGUAAUUACACAUGUUACGAAGGAUAUCUGUUACAAGGAGCGUCUUCGUCGACAUGUGACCAGAACGGCGACUGGAAUUCAUCUACACCAAUCUGUAAAGAGGUUGAAUGUUUACCACCAGAAGAGUAUGGAAUCAGUACAUCUAAUGGUUACUUUAUUUGCCCGUCACCAAUAAAGUACCAGUCAGUGUGUUAUGCAAUUUGUGACAGUGGAUUCAAACUCGCUCAAUACACGUCAGCGAUAUGCAAAGUUGACUCAAAUAAUACUCCUUUCCUAAGUUUGAGUUUACAACCAGUUUGCUUAGACAUCGAUCCACCAACUUUUGAUAAUUGUCAAGGAACAAAAGUUCUUACAUUUCCUGCAGCAAAAGGAAAGACAACUGCAGUUAUACAGUAUGAUUUCCCAACAGCCUCUGAUAAUGUAGAUCCUUCUCCUGAAGUUAUAAAGAUACAAGGACCAGAUAGCGGAGACACCGUGGACGCAAAUGAUAUAGAAUUUGUUGAGUUUAAAGCAAUGGAUGAUGUUGAGAACGUCUCACCACUGUGUUUAUAUGUCCUUCAAGUGGAUGGUAAAUUAUUGAGGCGAAUACUGGCUCAAUUUUAA